AUCUCACCCUUCUUCGUCGUCCCUAUCCCUGCCUGCCCAGCGAGCAUGGGAGGAGGAGCCACCAACCUACCUCCGGGCUUCCAUUUCUUCCCUUCAGACGAAGACCUCGUCGUCCAUUUCCUCCGCCGCAAAGCCGCCAACCUCCCGUGCCGCCCCGACAUCGUCCCGACGAUCCUCCUUCACCGCUACGACCCGUGGGAGCUGAACGGCACGGCGCUGCAGGCUGGGAACCAGUGGUACUUCUUCAGUAGCCACGCCCACGCCCACGCCCACUCCGCGGCGGGGCAGACCAGAACCUCUCCGUCCGGGUACUGGAACCCCGCCGGCGCCGAUGAAACAGUAGUACUAGCGAGCAGCGGCCGUGUCGUUGGCCUCAAGAAGACGCUCGUCUUCUGCACCGGAGAGCCUUUCAGAGGGUUCAGAACGAACUGGGUCAUGCAUGAGUACCACCUUCAGGACGGGCCGGCCGGGUGCAAUGUCGGCGGGAGCAGCGGCGCCACCACCCCAAGUAGCUCCAGCAGCUCCGGCAGCAGCAGGAGAUCGCAGAGGAAGAGAGUUCACUCGAGCACGGAGUCAAUAAACAGCUGGGUGAUAUGUAGAGUGUUCGAAUCAAGCUGCGGUUCGCAAGUGAGCUUCCAUGACGAGGGCACAGAGCUUUCGUGCUUGGAUGAGGUGUUCUUGUCUCUAGACGACUACGACGAAGUGAGCUUGCCAAAUAAUUAGAACCCUAGCUAGCAGGCCAUUUGAUUAGUACCUGUGACGGUAACGUCGUCGUCUGCGUAAGCGUAAGUGGUUGCAACUUGCAUUGUGCAUGAUGCAGAUGGCCUGAUGAUAGGCAUCGAGCUUAAGCCGGUCUCUAUCCGAAAUCAUUAUAUAUUACCCUGUAAUCGAUCGAUAUGAUUAUCAUGCAAUAUGGGUUUAAAAGCU